AUGGGGCCUCUUUCCGCGGUCUCUACUGCAGCUUCAGCCGUUAGCAAUGCAGCCAAAUGGACAGCCAAUUCGACAGCCAAUGCCUUGACGCUUGGUUGGUGGAACAGCGGUACUCAGGCGGAUGCCGGGUCAGCGACAGACAAAGAUACUGCGACUGGCGAGGUCACAGACUCGAAAGGCGCGACAGAAGCGGAUACCAAGGUAUCGGACAGCGAAGCGGAUAAGCCGAUCAGAUAUGUUGAAAAGACGAGAGCCCUAUAUGACCCUUGGGCUUGGAUGCCGAGCGUCCUUGGCGGUACAUCGACGUACAUCGAGAGGGAGGAUCCGCUCCCACAGGGCGUCCUCGGGCGCACCAUAGGCUAUGCAACGGCGCCUAUCGGAACGCUCGCGAGCGUAGUAAGUCGGCCACUCACCUACGCGACCAAGUCCAUAUUGGGCACCGAACGAUACACCAAGUACGGAAAAUACGUCAACGGUGGUGUCAAUGUCAAGCACUAUAUACAGACUACUGGAGGUCAACUCACAGAGGUAGGACACGAGCGGGGCAAUGCAGAGAGAUUGGCGGCGGAGGUGGCAGACACCAAGCCGGAGGGGACCACAUCAGAGCGGAGUCCCUCGCAUUCAUCUGCUGGAGGUACUAUUCCCGAGACCACAAAGACGUCGGCCGCAGCACGGGACACUGCGGGCACAUCUCUCAGUCAGCCGACAGCAAAGGAUCCUCUCAAGGACAAGAAGAUUGCCCAGAUUCUCGAAAAGUUUCAAGCGAGCAUCGCAGCCCAUGGGACGCCGGGAUCGACUACAGAUGCGCCUCCUGCGCCGUCUGCGGUAGCGCCCACGGCUUGA